AUGGAACAAGGUGAUCAGCAACAACAAUCAGGUGCAAAUGUUGAUGUUAUUUCAAUGGUCAUUUGGUUAUCUACAGGAAAUGGCAAGUUCUAUGAGUUGCAUGGUCAACGUGAAAUAAUAAAACAAGUGUUACCAAAAUCGCCCGAUAAUGCAUAUCGAUGGGGUUACUAUAAUAGUCCUGCUGAUCCUGAUCGUGCCUCAUAUACACAAGUUCUAGAAGCAUUUUUGAAAAAUGGUUUUCGAAUUGAGGGUAGUUCUGGAGCUGGUACACAAGGUUUGCUUCGUACCCAGUACAUCCUGGUUAAACGUUCAGCAUCAUAA